AUGGGUCCAGAGCCAUCCUCAAAUUUCCAAUUCCCAAUCAAGACAAUAGUAGUACUAGUACAAGAAAACCGCUCAUUUGAUCACAUGUUAGGAUGGAUGAAAACCCUUAAUCCGGAAAUCGACGGCGUUGCCACCGGAACCGAAUAUUCCAACCCUCUGUCCACCUCCGAUCCUAACUCCGGCCGACUAUAUUUCACCGAAAAAUCCACUUACGUUGACCCGGAUCCGGGUCACUCGAUCCAAGAUAUUUACGAACAAAUUUUCGGGGUGCAAUGGACACAAGACGUGCCUUCCAAGCAACUAAACCCUGCCAUGCGGGGAUUUGCACAGAAUGCUGAACGGAAACAGAAAGGGAUGUCCGAGACAGUCGUGAACGGGUUCAACCCGGAUGCCGUGCCGGUUUAUAAAGAGCUGGUGUCGGAGUUUGCGCUUUCGGUUGAAGGGUUACCCCAGAAAACCAUAUUUGAAUCUUUGGAUGAUGCUAGUCUUAGCUUCGGAAUUUACUAUCAAUACCCUCCUUCCACACUUUUCUACAGGAAUCUUCGGAAACUCGAGUACUUGAAGAAUUUUCACCCUUUCGAUCUCACUUUCAAAAGGCAUUGCAAAGAGGGAAAGCUUCCAAAUUAUGUAGUAAUUGAACAGAGGUAUUUUGACCUAAAGAUAUUGCCAGGCAAUGAUGAUCAUCCUUCUCAUGAUGUGUUUGAGAGCCAAAAAUUUGUGAAACAAGUCUAUGAAGUUCCUAGCCCCGAUGACCUUAUUGGACCGGAGCCUUAUAAGUUCCAGUUUGAUCGCUUAGGAGUAAGGGUUCCCGCCAUCUUGAUAUCUCCUUGGAUCGAAAAAGGAACAGUGCUACAUGGACCAUCAGGACCGUAUCCUACAUCUCAAUUCGAAUAUUCUUCGAUUCCAGCAACCGUCAAAAAGAUUUUCAACUUGAAAGAGUUUCUUACCAAGCGCGAUGCUUGGGCCGGCACUUUUGAGAGCUUGAUCAACAGAGAAAAUCCCAGAACUGACUGCCCUGAAAUUUUGCCUGAGCCUGUGAGAUUGAGGGACACCGAAGCCAAAGAAGAUGCCAAGUUAACUGAUUUCCAAAAAGAAUUGGUUCAGAUGACAGCAGUAUUAGGGGGAGACCAUAAAAAGGACAUUUAUCCACACAAACUUGUGGGGGGCAGGACUGUUGCUACAGCAGUGGAUUAUGCCAAUACUUCAUUCGAGAAAUUCUUAGAUGAAUGUGAGAGAUUGAAGCAAAAUGGAGCUGAUGAAUUCACAAUUUGUUCUUUACCUCUACCGGUAGCUGAGCAUUCAAAGAAACAACCCAACUCGCGUUCUUUCAUUUCCAAGUUCUUUUCCUGUGUUGCCUGUAACAAUUCCUAA